AUGAGUUCGCCUGCCACAGCGCCCAAGGAGGGCAAGGACAAGAAGGGCAUGGGCAAGGUCCUGUACCGCAUGAAGACCGUCUUCAGGAAGGGAGAAGGUUUAAGGAAGCCACGCGGGGACACCGCUGCUGCACCGGCCUCGGCUUCCGGUCCUGUAUUAACGAGCCCGCCUCCUGCCGCGCCAGUGAAGAAGGUUCCCGAGUAUGAGGGUGCCACAAAGAUCCCAAGAAUUCAGAUUCACGAGGAACGUGCGAGGAAGCUUGGUGCCAAAUUUGGAUUGGAGAUCAAGCCCAGCGAGUGGCAUACCACCGAAGGCGAUGUGCUCCGAGUUGACAAGCCCGUCCGCAUGCGAGUUCACCGUGAGUGUCACCGGUGCAAGACGCAAUUUGGUGCUGGGAACCAAUGCCCCAACUGCCAGCACACCCGGUGCAAGCAGUGUGUUCGGAACCCUGUCCGGCGUACCGAGGCCGAGAAACAGGCCAAUCGCGAAAGAAGAGAGGCCCUCAUCCAGAAGCACAAAGCCAUGGCUCCGAUAAUCCCGAGCUACGACUACUCCCAGAAGAUCGACUUGAAGCGCACCGGCAAAGCUGGCGGCCAGGACCUGGUCUACAAAGGCCGACCUCGAAUGCGUGUCAGAAGACACUGCCACGUUUGUAGCAGCUUGAUUUCACCCGCUGCGAAACAGGCGAGGACUUGCGACAAAUGUGGCCACCGCCGUUGCGGCGACUGCCCCAGAAAUCCGGAUGCAAAGCAGAAAUACCCCUAUGGAUAUCCUAAUGAUGAGCCGGGCCCAAACUCGAAAGGCGUUCACGCCUGCCAUGAGUGCAAGAAGAAGUUCCUGCCGAACGUGGUGGAUGGCCACGAGUGCCCAAAUUGCUCGCACAAGAAAUGUAGCGAGUGCCCGCGCGUGAAACCGAGAAAGGUCGAACCCAAGCCAGAUCCCGAGGUCCUGGAGAGUCUGCGACUCCGCAUAGCAGACAUGAAAACAAGCGAUAGCUGA